AUGGCCGACAUCACUGCCGUCGGUGAGGAGAACCCUUCUCCUACCCAGGAUGACCUGCAGCAGGCCGCCGGUAACGGCGCCGCUGACAACCGCGGCACCAAGCGUUCUCGCAUGAGCGCCGACGACGACGAUGACGAUGAUGAUAAGCCCGGUCGCGAGCGCAGAAAGAUUGAAAUCAAGUUCAUCCAGGAUAAGUCGCGUCGCCACAUCACUUUCUCCAAGCGGAAGGCGGGUAUCAUGAAGAAGGCAUACGAGCUGUCGGUCCUCACGGGCACCCAAGUGCUAUUGCUGGUCGUGUCUGAGACUGGUCUCGUCUAUACUUUCACCACCCCCAAGCUUCAACCAUUGGUGACGAAGGCCGAGGGCAAGAACCUCAUCCAGGCCUGUCUCAAUGCCCCCGAUCCCACCACCAAUGAGAACGGUGUCGAGGCCGGUGAUGUGCCAACAGAGGCGCCAGAGGAUGUCGCCGCCGCCCACAACAAUGUCAAUGCCCAGCAGCAGAACAUUCCUCGCCCUGCGGGCAUGCACCCAGGCUACAUGACCAACGAACAGCAGCAGCAGAUGGCCUACUACCAAAAUCUUCAGCAGCAACAGCAAGCUGGUGGGCAGUACCCCGGAAUGCCUGUGGGCAACCGGAUGCCGCCCCAGCAUCAACCCACUGCAUAA